CAGCCAGAGCGGCUCCUCGUUGCGAAGGCUGAAACGGGCAGAGACAAACCAGCAGCGGCGCAUUAUUCGGCUGAGCAGCGAGCAAAGCCCGGGCGGCGGCGGCGGCGGCGGCUUGUGCUGCUGUUGCUGCUUUGCUCAGCGCGGCUUCAGCACUUUGCCAUGGGGUGGGGGCGGCAACGGCAGCCGGACAGCAGCAGGAGCACCUGGGCUAGUCACUGAGGAGCCCGCUGGAGGAAGGAGAAUGGCCACAUCCAGCAACUCCAGUUUGUCUGGCUCCUCGGUUUCCUCUGAUGCUGAAGAAUAUCAACCCCCAAUAUGGAAAUCAUACUUGUAUCAAUUACAACAGGAAGCACCCCGUCCCAAGAGGAUAAUUUGUCCUAGAGAGGUGGAGAACAGACCAAAAUACUAUGGAAGAGAGUUUCAUGGGAUCAUUUCUCGUGAGCAGGCAGAUGAAUUACUUGGAGGUGUAGAAGGAGCUUAUAUUCUCAGAGAAAGUCAGCGACAACCUGGAUGCUACACCUUAGCCCUCAGAUUUGGUAAUCAGACCUUAAACUACAGGCUUUUUUAUGAUGGGAAGCACUUUGUAGGGGAGAAGAGGUUUGAAUCCAUCCAUGAUUUGGUAACAGACGGCUUGAUAACGCUGUAUAUUGAAACCAAGGCUUCUGAAUAUAUUUCUAAAAUGACGACAAAUCCUAUCUAUGAACACAUUGGAUAUGCUACUUUACUUAGAGAAAAAGUAUCCCGGAGAUUGAGUAGGUCAAAAACUGACUCAAGAAAAGCUAGUGUAACAACAUGUGAAGAGAAUGCACCUGUUGAAAAGAUCACCUCUUUGGUCAGGAGAGCAGCAUUAACACAAAAUGACAACCAUUUCAACUAUGAAAAAGCACAUAAUUUUAAGGUCCACACAUUCCGAGGUCCACAUUGGUGUGAAUACUGUGCUAAUUUCAUGUGGGGACUCAUUGCUCAGGGAGUGAGAUGCUCAGACUGUGGAUUGAAUGUACACAAACAGUGUUCAAAAUAUGUUCCCAAUGACUGUCAACCAGACCUCAAAAGGAUCAAGCGCGUCUACUGCUGUGACCUCACUACCCUGGUGAAGGCUCAUAACGCACAGAGACCAAUGGUAGUGGAUAUAUGCAUUCAUGAAAUUGAAGCAAGAGGCUUGAAGUCAGAAGGGAUUUACAGAGUCUCAGGGUUCACUGAACACAUUGAAGAUGUCAAAAUGGCCUUUGAUCGAGAUGGUGACAAGGUAGAUGUCUCUGCCAGUAUAUAUCCUGACAUAAAUAUAAUUGCUGGUGCACUAAAACUGUAUUUCAGAGAUUUACCCAUUCCUGUUAUUACCUAUGAUACCUAUUCCAAGUUUAUAGAGGCAGCAAAACUCUCCAGUCCUGAUGAAAGACUAGAAGCUGUCCAUGAAGUGCUGAUGUUACUUCCUGCUGCACACUAUGAGACUCUUCGAUACCUGAUGAUUCAUCUCAAAAAAAUUACCAUGAAUGAAAAAUACAAUUUUAUGAAUGCUGAAAAUCUGGGAAUCGUGUUUGGACCUACUUUAAUGAGACCCCCAGAAGAUAGCACCCUUGCUACACUGAAUGACAUGCGGUACCAGAAGCUGAUUGUGCAAAUAUUAAUAGAAAAUGAAGAUGUGUUGUUCUAGACAAACAAAUCUGUACAUUUCAUAGCCAUCUGCUAUGAAAAAUGUAAGUUUAAGGGAAACACAUCCCCAUGUGAGAAAGAAACAUGAGUAACACUUUAUUUUAUGCAGUGUGACAGAUGAACACCAAAACAUUUAGUAAAGUGUAUGUCUCAUAGACAUAUACCUUUUUAUUAUUUGAGAGAGAACAAAGGUCAGAAAAAGACUCCUUUUGCCUUGUAUCCUUUGCCUUGCUUCUUUACAGACUGUUCUACUGUUAACUUAUUAAAGGACACAAAACUUUGUAUGCUUAUUUAGAUCACUGAAGCAAAAAGGUACUUCCAGCUUCAUUCUUAAACAUUACUGUGUUUCAACACAUUAAUUUGUAGGAUUAUAGCAGGACCCCCAUUCUAACAGGGUAAACCACAUGUGGAAACAAAUUCCUACUGUCCCUUCGCUGGGAAUCCUCACUGCAGGCUUACCACCCACUUCUGCAUACAAAGAUCAUCUAUAGAUCCCAGUCAUUGUGGAAAUAAGUGCCAUCCAAUUCAGUGGAAUUUAUUUCCUCAAGAUACCAUAAUCUGGAGCUUAGAACAUGCUGAUAUUUUCAGUUAUUUUCCUCUUACAAAGAAUAAUGAUAAAUUUGAAGUGGCAGGAUUGCAACAAAUGUCCAUGAUCCAGCACCUCUGAUUUGCUCUGAUGCUGAUAGAGCGCUGUCCAAGCAGAUGAUCCUUGGUUCUCUUCUUCAACCAGCAGAAUGCUCUGCAUACAGAGUGAAGAAUUCCCAUAUUUGUGGGAACAUCUGCUUUCACAUAGGAGCAUCAGAAAGCACUGCACACACAAGAUGUUUGGUCUUAUCCAAGAUAGUUAAGAUCAAGGUAUUUGUCAGUGUUAGUUGUAUAUGGAUAUACAAUUUCUUUCUAUGUAAGACAUAAUUAUAUAUGUCUAAAGUGAAACAAAACAUGUAUUUAAAAUAUAUUUUUGCUUUAGUUAGCUGCAGGAAUGUCUUUUUUAUUUUAGCAAAAUAUAAUUCAAUGCGGUGCAUUGAUGACUUUCCAUAUAUUCCUCUUAAGCAUUAUUGCUAUGGCAUAAUGAAAACAUUUACCACUAGUGCAGUAUUAUUCCAAAAUACCUCUUUCUUCAUAAAUAGUUUGUUUAUCAUGCAUUUCUUACCAUUCUUUGGUUUGUGUUAUAAUCUAGAAAUUAUUAGUGUUCUUUCCUUUUAGAGGUAUUCUGGAACAAGCACAGUAUUAUCUUUAUCUUUAUCAUCCUCUUCUAAAAGAGGGGCAUUGAAGAAUUUAAAACAGUCUUGGCACUAGCAUCAACUACUUAGACUUAACAUUUCUUUCAUGGGAUAUAGUAGUGUGUAUAAUAAGACCAGGAUAUUUUCUGGUCUUGCUGAAAUUUAGCACUUAUUUAGAAUCAAUUUGUUAUCAUUUUUAAAUGCCAAGAUGCAUUAUUUUGCUUCUGUGUUUAUAAAAGUAAAGCUACUUAAAAUGUAACAUUUCUCUUCAAUGUCUUACUGAACAUUUGUUAAGAAAAGGAAGGAGGGAGAGAGACAGAGAGAGAGAAUUGGUAUAUUACCAAAACUCAUGGGGGGAUUUUCUGACUUUCCAGAGGUUGACCUCUCAAUCUAAUAUAAUGCAAUUCAUUCUAAUAUUAGAUUUUUUCUCAUCAUGAGAUUUUUGUAUAAAUAUUUCAAACACAGGAAGAUAGCAUAGUUUAUUACAAAACUGAAUUUUCAAUAUUGGUAGCUGUGUUAAGCUCUCCUUUUGAUUUGUAUGAAUCACAAGUUUUGAAACCCAGUUAUUCUGUUUCCUGAAUUAUUUUAGGGAUACCAGGUUUCUAUACAAAAUUUUUAAAAAUGUGUCUAACUUUGAUAAUGAAAAAAGAGUGAAGACAAAAGGAGGCACAGGAAAUAAUGUAUAUUAGCUAUUCUUUACACAGGUCACCAAGGGCUAGGUAGACAGACCCAGGCUGCAGGCCAGAUAUUAGUGAGGUCUGAUUUGCUGGUACAAUACUACUAGGGAUUCUCCUAAGUUGUACAGAUUUAAUUGUUGUAGGUUAUGUACUAAAU